AUGGUUACUGUCAAGAACAGAUAUCCUCUUAUUCGCAUCAAAGACUUGUUUGAUCAGUUGCAGGUUACCUUCUUAGGACACAUGGUGUUAAAGGAUGGGAUGAAGGUUGAUCCAAACAAGAUUGAGUGUGAGGCAAUAUUUGAGAAGCUGAAGGAGAUUUUGACUACAGCUCCUGUUUUGGCAUUACCUUCAGUUAUUGAGGGUUUUACUGCUAUUUCCGUUAAGCUUACUCAUCACUUUAGGAUUCGUACUUUGGGUGCUAUGAGAUUUAUUUUCUGUUUUACUAUUAUCUUAAAAUCUGGAAUCAUUGAAUUGAUCUAUGAUUGCCUCAAAAGAUCCAAUAUACAUACAUUAUCGGACCUUUUGAAUAAGAGUCAAGAAGAUCUUAAGAAAAUUGAACAUUUUUGCAUAGAUGAUGUAAAACAUAUAUUGAGUAUUCUAGAAAUAGAAAAACUCGGGUAUAGUAGCCGUGGUAGUAAUGUCCCAGAGCCCGGCUCCCGGCCCGAGGCGUCGAUCGGGAAAAACAUUGCCUUGUCUGGUCUAAAGUAUUGGCAAGCUAUAUGGCUUUUUGCUUCUUAUAGUCAUGACAUGGUUAAGGUUGGAGUUCCGGUUGCCCUCGAGCAAUGGUUUUCUUGCAGGUUUAUAUGUUGUGUAUUUAUCCGCGAGCGAGAGUUGAAUGUGAGACAGAGGAGGUUGCUGGAGUUGUUGAAGGACUAUGACUGUACCAUUCAGUGCCAUCCGGGUAAGGCAAAUGUGGUAGCCGAUGCGUUGAGUCGCAAGUCCUUGGGCAAUCUGGCCCAUGUUUUUGAGGUUGAGCGUAGACCCAUUGUUCGAGAGUGGCAAGGAUCUACAAAGAUGUACCAUGAUCUUAAGGGUACGUAUUGGUGGAUCGGGAUAAAAAAGGAUGUCGUUGAGUAUGUUUCCAAGUGUUUGACUUGCCAUAAAUUGAAGCUAGAACAUCAGAGACCUUUUGGCUAUCUGCAUCCACUACCGAUUCUAGAGUGGAAGUGGGAGCGGAUUGCCAUGAACUUUGUGGUUGGUGAUAGGAGUAAAUACUUCUAUGUGGUUUUAUUUUUCUUUGAGGCUCGAGAGAGCGGGAACGAUGCUUUAAGAACAACUCAGUUCUUGUUGAAUGCCAUGAUGUUCAUUUAUGUUUAUUGCAAUGUUAAUUAUCAUACUGUAACCGAGUGUCCUUCACUCUAUUCAAAUUGGAAUGACCAUGUCAGUUAUAUGGAUAAUCAAUGGCAAGCUAGUGACCCUUAUUCCGACAUGUAUGAUCCGGGGUGGCACAACCCUCUGAGCUAUGGUUGGGACAACAAUUUGGAGAACUUCAAUGAAAAUUUGAAUUUCAACUCAAGUUAUCACCCGUAUCAAGACUAA